AUGUUGCAGAGAUACCACGCCUUGCCUGAACGCCAACCUCCGCCACCUAUCAAGCGUCUUAGAUCCCCUGCUCCACAGCUGCUGCCACCGCCGCAUCAAUGCUUUAUUGCCGUUUGCGUGCUUCCUCGCGUUGAUGUAGUUCUUUAUGGUUUUGUUCGCAUAAAACAUCUGCAGUGUAGGUUUCCUCAGAUUCUGAAGAUUGUGUCAAUGAUAAGUGGGGAUGAGAUUUAUGAUGGAUUGGAUGGUGCCGCUGUUGUUGGUGGCUCAGAAGGUUCAGAGUUGAGGAAGCCUUUUGUUAGUUCUGUUUAUCGAGAUUCACUUCACCGGAGGUUAGAGGAUAGCACGGACAAGGAUGCUCCCUUGAGACCCAACAAAGUUUCACUGAAGGAGGAAGAAGAUGGUGAAUCCGUGGAGCGUGUUCAUCAGAAGUAUGGCAGAAUUAUUGGAAGAAUUAUGCGACAAAUGAAUAGGACAAACAAUUUAUCUGUGCUUGAGAGAAUGACAGAUAAGGCAUGGACAUUGGGGCUGAAGGCUUGGGAAGAAUUAGACACAGCUGAUGACGUGGAGUCCGGAGAGAAAUCUAUCAUUGAAGGAAAGCCUGAGUCCUGUCCUUCUUGGAUAUCAAUGACUGGAGAUGAAUUGCAGAAGAGAGAUGGCUUGAUGUUUCUACCUUGCGGGCUAGCAGCAAGUUCCUCAAUCACUAUGGUGGGGACACCCCAUUUUUCUCAUAAGGAAUAUGUUCCUAAGCUUAGAAAUUUGAAGAAAAGUGAUGGAUUGGUUACAGUUUCACAGUUUAUAGUCGAGUUACAAGGACUAAAGUUAGCUGAAGGGGAAGCUCCUUCGAUUGAAUCCUCGGUUAAGAGGAGACUGGAACAAAUGAACAGUAUCGAGCAUAAUACCUGCUAUCGAAUGCACUGGAAAACAACUCAAAGAUGUGAUGGCUUGCCAACUGAGGAUGAUGAAGGAAUGCUUGAAGAACCACAUUGCAGGGGUUGUGUUGCAGCGGGACGGGAAUGGAGGCUCGAAGCUACUCAAACGGGUUGA